CCUCUGAACUUCUCCAAGAGUAUAAAAAUGUCCUAGGUGUAGGGCUUUCAAUGGAAUUUGUACCAUUAUACAAUUUAUUCCUAUGGUGCAUUCAAGGAGAUGCUGGUACACAUCUCAUAAUAGAAAUGACAUCAGACUUAUGGAGACCAUAUUAAAGGAGGUGAAAAUUCAUUUGCAUAACUGUUGAACUAUAACUUCUGCCUUACCAGAUUUGAUUUUUCUGUCAGAACAAAGUGAUGUUAAUGUUGUUUGGGGUCAAAGAUUUUCUGCAUGGGUUGGGUAAAAAUUAAUUUCUAAAAAUAUUCAUAUCUGGGCUGUAUAAGAUAUAAGUAAAGGUAGUACUUCAAAAAACUGCAAACUUCAGCAUCCAUAAAAAUUUAUUAUUAGAUCAGUAUCUCCAGUGAUUUAGCAGCAUUAUUAUUUCAUUAUAUCUGGUCUAUUGGCACAGGAGAGAGACCAUGUAAAGUUGGUGCCCUUUACCCUCCUGCAUAUUUACAGGCCCAAAUACUUGGUGGUAAAUGCAGAUGAAGGAGAGCCAGGGACUUGCAAGGACCGGGAGAUAUUGCGUCAUGAUCCACACAAGCUCAUUGAGGGGUGUCUUGUAGCUGGGAGUGCAAUGGGAGCACGAGCUGCAUACAUCUACGUUCGAGGAGAGUUUUAUAACGAAGCAUCCAACAUGCAAAUUGCCAUCAAGGAAGCUUAUGAAGCUGGCUUAAUUGGGAAAAAUGCAUGUGGCAGUGGCUAUGACUUUGAUGUCUUCAUGCAUCGAGGGGCAGGAGCAUACAUUUGCGGCGAAGAGACAUCUCUGAUUGAAUCCUUAGAAGGGAAGCAAGGAAAACCAAGACUCAAGCCUCCCUUUCCUGCAGAUGUGGGUCUCUUCGGGUGUCCAACCACUGUGAAUAAUGUUGAAACCAUUGCCGUUGCCCCUACCAUUUGCAGACGUGGUGGGUCCUGGUUUACCAACUUUGGAAGGCCUCGCAACACUGGCACCAAGCUUUAUAACAUCAGUGGUCAUGUCAACAAUCCAUGCACUGUGGAGGAAACCAUGUCCAUCCCUCUGAGGUUGUCUUGCCUCCUUAUCCACAGAGCCCUUGGCUUGGAUUUGAUUGAAAGGCAUGCUGGAGGAGUUAUUGGAGGAUGGGAUAACCUUCUUGGUGUUAUUCCUGGAGGUUCCUCGACACCUGUUAUCCCCAAGAGUGUUUGUGAUGAUGUUCUGAUGGACUUUGAUGCCCUGGUGGCAGCUGACACAGCAUUGGGGACAGCUGCUCUCAUUGUGAUGAACAAGGAAACAGACAUCAUCAAGUCGAUUGCUCGCCUCAUUGCUUUCUACCAACAUGAGUCUUGUGGUCAGUGCACCCCAUGCCGCGAGGGGACUGGCUGGAUGACAAAAAUCAUGUAUCGUUUUGUGGAAGGCCAAGGUCAGCCUGAAGAAAUUGAUAUGCUUUGGGAGCUGAGUAAGCAAAUUGAAGGACAUACAAUAUGUGCCCUUGGAGAUGGAGCUGCCUGGCCUGUUCAGGGUCUGAUACGACAUUUUCGGUCAGAAAUUGAGGCAAGGAUGAAGGCAUAUGGAAAACAGGAAAAGAAGUCUGCAAGAGUUUCGUGAGAAAAAUCUUUAACUUGCUAGUGUAUUCAUCUAUGUCCUAUAAGAGUUAGAUUUCCUUUGAUGAGAGAUAAAAUUCAAAAAGUGAUCCUGUGAGUUGCUCUUUCUUUUGCAUACACCAGUAAUCAAGUCAUGUACAUUCCAGUAGUGGUAUAAGAUUUGGCAUGAAUCCAUGAAGAUAUGGAAUACAUUUAAAAUUGCACUGCCCACAAUUUGA